UUUUGCACUGUUGCGAAGCACUAGAAUGCACCUGUUACCUAGCAACGAUAAACAGCACGACGCUUAUUUGGAAGCGUACAACUCAGAGAGGUUCUUCAGUAGGAGGCUGAUGGCUGGUACACGGAUUUCUGAGCGACUGCCGCCACUGAUAGAUCCGACUCAAGCCCCAGUGGCGUUUGGUAACCGUGCCCUGCCGAGGUUGGCGAGGGAGCUGUGUGAGGAGGAUCAGUGGGUCCGCCAUGCAGCGCUGUGUGCCCUCUGUGACCUGCUUCAUGACCCGGAGCGAGCCUACGAAACCCUGCACUAUGGUUGUCUGGACAGUCUGAAGGUGUUGCUGAAGGAUGAGAACGACUCCAUUAGGAUAAAAACUACACAAGUGCUCUACCUGCUGUCCUUACACAGCAUGGGCAGGGAGGCUUUUCUACAGUGUGAUCUGCUCAGUUCUCUCUCAGAGCUGCUGGACGAGCCGGUGGAUUCCUGCCGGACGAACGUCCACCGAACGCUGAAGAUGCUGGCUGAGUUUCCAGCAGGCGCGGCGAGCAUGGUGUCCAUGGGACUCGUACCCAGACUGGUGACAAAGGUCCCAGUGGAGCGUGAGGACAUCCGGGAGCUCGUUCUCUCCACACUGACCUGCUGCAUGCGACUGGAUGCCAUGCCCGCACUGACCAGUGAUGCCAUUCCUGUCCUGAAAGAACAGCUGACCCACCCGUCCGUACAAAUACGCUGCGCAGCUGCUUCUGCCAUGAUGGCCAUCAGUGUCCCAGCCGAGGGGAAGGUGAGGGUGUGUGAGGAGGAGGUCGUUCCCGUGCUAGUGAAGCUGCUUUCUGAUGGGGAUCCAAAUGUCAGAGCCAACGCUGCUGGUGCCAUCAUGUACAUCACCAUCAUCACCCGAGGUAAAUACCAGGCUCUGGAAGCUGGCGCCAUCCCUCCUUUGUUGCGCCUGGUGGACAGUGACGAUGUACCAUCGUGCACCAAUGCCCUGCGUGCCCUCACCUGCCUGGCACACGCUCCGAACGCCAGGGAUAAACUACGUGACCACGUGCCACGACUGGAAACACGCCUGAACCACCCGGCCUCUGUCGUCCAGAAAGCUGCAGCCACUGCCAUCCAGGUCAUCACCUGGAAACCCUGAGAACCAGAGGACGAGGCGGACGGAUCUGCUUCAUACUGGAGGAUUCUUUAGCUUGCUGGUUUCAAGACCAGUCAGCAUGUUAACACCAAUAACGAUUGGAUGAAAUAAUCAAAUAAAAUCUGAAUUGUUGUGUGUA